AUGAAGUUGAUGAAAAAGUAUUUUAUAAUAUUUAUUGGGUUGUUGUUGUAUUUGAAUCCAGUAUCAGCAUCAUUAUUUGGAUGUUCAGAUGAUAAACAAAGAUGUAUGAAUCAAUGUGAUGAAAACAAUAGAGUAGGAGCAUUAAGUGGAAUGUCAAAGAGUGCAUGUAAAGCAAGAUGCCUUUUAUCUGAAUGUUUAUUUUAUCCUAGAAAAGAAAAGAAAAGUGCUCAUCCAUCUGAUAGAUUAAGAGGAUUUGCAAUAUAA